AUGGCAGCAGCGUCAGGAGCCGCCACGUUCUCCGUCCGCCCCACGGCACCGCGGGUCCGUCCCUGCGCCUGCGCUGCCGCUGCCGGCGGGAGCGGCAAGUGGUGGGCGCCGCUCCUCGGGUGGUCGGGCCAGCCCGACUACAUCGACGCCCAGCCGGCGCCGGAGGAGGAGCGGGGGACGAGGCGGUUCGGGGUGCUGACGGAGGAGAAGGCGCGCCAGCUGCGGCUGUGGAUGAUGGAGACGGAGAGCUUCCACGACGUCAUGUACCACUCCGCCAUCGCCUCCCGCCUCGCCUCCGCCCCGCCCGACUCCACCCGCGACGACACCAAGCCAGGCCAUAGCUAGCCUAGAAAGCAACGCACGUACGUGGCCGCCGAGGAACGGCCCAACUCACCGGCCGGCGGGAAGCCAUGCAUGCAUACGCAGCUGUGUACAGUAUAUAAAUAAAUAACGGAAUUUUUUGUGUAUAUGAUCUUAGACCACGAACGUGCGUGCCCUCCUCUAUAUCGAUCGAUCACUCUGUUGAGAUGGACUGAUCAAAGGACAAUGAAAAACCUCCAGUCCUGUAGCAAUACUUGCAACCAAAAAAUGUCGUGAGGAAACAGAAAAGCAAUAAUGUACUGCUGCAGGAUGUAUGUAUACUGUGUACCGCCAUUGAUGUUUCUCGA